GUUUUCGUUCCGCGGUGAUGUUUGAUCUUCACUCUUCUUCGUGGCUUUCUGUACCUGUCGGCACCCGGAACUUCCGCCCUGUCGCGUCCCAACAGCUGCAGCGCUGCACGGUUAACGCCGCAAACACGGAAACGUCAACGGCUAGCUUACACCUUCAAACGAGAAAAGUUGCGCGAGCUCAAAGAGGGGAGCGAAUAGCUCGGCGCGUGACAUGCCGAGUUUACAUCAAAGCGGAGAGUCGGGUUGAGAGCUUCUGGGGUCGCCAGCCGCUCGUUAGCUAGCAUGCUGUUGUCUCUACACGCCAGGCGACUCCUCUAAUUCUGUCUCGUCAUGACGGAGUUAAGAUGUCGAAAAACAGACUCUCUGGAGGGAGAAAACGACGAGGAGCUUGAGUUGGAGAGCACACAUGCCAGAGAGCCGGUGCACGCAGGGGAUGAUGGGAGUGCGGCCGUUGGUGGAGGUGGAGAUGACGAGCAGCAGGAAGAUGAGGGUGAAGUAAAAGAAGAGGAUGCACGGCAGAAACGGGAAGAAUCAAACGCACCCGGGUCCUCUGUCAAACGAUCCAAGUGCUCCUCUGCAUCUGGUUUACUGCAGCGCCUUGCGAGGCUGUUCUUCGGAUGCCUGGCAGCGGUUGCCUGUGGCGUGCUUUAUGCCACAUAUAUGUCGUUGUAUCAUGGCAGGAAGUUCUGGUUUUCCAUCAGACAGGACCUUGAGCGAGAAAUCACCUUCCAAGGUGGCAGCGGGCUCUAUUAUUACUACUACAAGCACAUGCUGACGGCACCGUCCUUUGAGAGAGGGUUUUAUGAGCUGACGCUAGAUAACACGACGGUUUCGGGUCAGACCAUCAACGCAGUGGAGCGUUUUUCUCUGUAUCCGGAGCUUAUCAUAAGCUUCAUAUACAGAGUCACCGACAUCCAGGAUUUUGUGGAGCCGAUCUACUUCUACGUUGGAGCGGUUUUCGGACUCCAGUCCAUCUACGUCAUCGCCCUGUUUGUGUGUAGCUGGGUGAUGAGCGGCACCUGGGUGGCCGGCAUGUUGGCCGUGUCCUGGUAUGUGAUCAACAGAACGGAUACAACCAAAGUGGACUACGCCAUUCCUCUGCGGGACAACUGGGCUCUGCCUUACUUCUCUUGCCAGGUUGCAACUUUGACUGGAUUCCUGAGUAAUAACAUCAGCUCUGCCACUGAGAUGUGUUGCUACUGCACCCUGACCGCCACCACCUUCAUCUUCCUGCUGGUCUGGGAGCACAGCCACUACGUGCUCUUCGUCCAAGGCCUCUGUCUUUUCUUGCUGGACUCUUUUGACCUGGUGCCGCCGCGUAAGAUAGCCGACCUUCACAAAGCUUACCUCGGCGCUCUGUUCCUGGCCUACUUGUUCCAGUUUCAGAACCCGUCCCUGGUCAGCUCGCCUCUGCUCAGCCUCCUGAUUGGCUCAGUGCUCGCGAGGUACUUCCAGCAAAAGAUGAAGAUGGGACCUUUUGUGGCCAGAGUCAUGAAGCUCUUCCUCCACUUCCACCUGGUCUUUACCACGGGGAUCACCUUCAGUUAUUUGGUCAAGAAACUCAUACCUGUAAGUGACAGUGACUUCAUUUUGAAAUUCCUUGAAGUAAAAUUUGGGCUCAACACAACGACUGACUUUAUCACCAACUUCCUCCUGUGCCAAGAGAGUUUCCAGACACCCGGUCAGGACUUGUUUAUACGACUGACGCAGACCUCGGUCCUUCCCUUCUACUUGCUGGUGCUCACUGUGUGCCUGCUGUCCACCCUGCAGACCAUUUACAGAAGACUCAGUGGCCAGCCAAGGAAAACCGACCUCAGACUCGAAGAUGGACGAAUAGGGGAGCAGCCAGAAGUCAUAUAUCAUGUUUUUCACACGUUGCUUUUCGGAGGCCUGGCCCUGCUGUUUGACGGGAUGAAAUAUUUAUGGACCCCGUACGUCUGCAUGUUUACAGCGUUCGGCGUGUGUUCUCCAGACCUCUGGAUGACUGUGUUUAAAUGGCUCAAACUGAAGUCCAUCCACCCGGUAGUACUGUCUAUGAUCCUGAGCACAGCGGUUCCGACUAUCAUUGGUUUCAGUUUAUGGAGAGAGUACUGCCCUCGCGUCUUAGCAGAGUUGUCAGAUGUGCAGGAGUUUUACGACCCAGACACAGUCGAGCUGAUCAGCUGGAUCAAGUCACAGGCUCCGCUGGCGGCAGUCUUUGCAGGAAGCCCUCAGCUGUUGGGAACAGUGAAGUUGUGUUCGGGUUCAGCUGUGACCAGUUUACCGCUUUACUCAGACAUCAACCUGCUGAGGAGGACUGAAGACACUUACCAGGUGUAUUCAAUGAGAUCUCCAGAAGACAUCUACAAGAUUCUGACCUCUCAGAAGGCAAACUAUGUGAUCAUCGAGGAGCCGAUUUGCAACGAGCUGAGUCUUAAUAAAGGCUGUCGGAUCAAAGACCUGCUGGACAUCGCCAACGGACACGUGGUUUAUGACAAAGGAGAGAUCUACUCUUUCUCCAAGCACGGGAGGUUCUGCCACGAACUGAAGUUGAACUACUCGCCCUACACAAACUACUUCACUCGUGUGUUCUGGAACCGCUCGUAUCACGUGUACAAAGUGAACGCCGUCAUCUCCUUUCAGUACUGACCGCGGCUCCCGCCUCCCCCAGCUGAGACUCCACGCCAUCUCCACCAUGCAGCGCGCAGGACUCGGGAGGAGGGGAACAUGUCGAAUCGCUGGUACCGCCCACAUCCUGGUGGAGAUGGUGUCAAUUCAAACACGACGGAGCGCAUUGGUUUGGGCCCACCCAUAGUUUGAGUGGAAUCGACAUGAAAGGGCCCUGUUGAAGUUGAAAUAUGCCAUAGGUAAUGAUCACUGUACUGUAGUUCUAUACGCCAUGCGUUGCUGUUACUGUGAUGUAUUUAAUGAAGGGAGCGCUGACGUGAGGCCUGUGCGUUCACUCUGUACAGAGGCCGAGAGACAUUAUAAUUUUUAGGGUAAGUAAAGGUGAGAGAAUCUUCCACCUCAGUUCAUAACUAUAGUUCCUGGGGUUAAUUAUAAGCCAGUGAAUAUAUUUGAAGCUCUGCAGAGCACCUGCAACCGAUGUCGGGUGUGAAGUGUAGAGUUGCGUCAAACACCAUGGAUUUUUAUGGCGAGAUUGUUUGGUUUCAAUGUGUCAUAUGUGCACUGCUUCUUCCAUUUUCAUCCGAAUACCGAUGGGUGGAACAACCAAUAGAAACACGUGAGCACCCUUUCAAUCAGAGGGAUGCGGAGGCUGCUGCCAAUGCUUAUUUCUGUUGCUACGUCUCCAUCAUUCUCUUCAUCUGGAUGCCUUAUUGUGAGAUGUGGGAAGUGCCUGACUGACACCCCUCUCUAUCGCUCCCACCCUGAGUUGCGUCUGAGACCGACCGUGUUCCUCCUUCCGGAGUCGUACCUCAAGUAUUUGGUCAUUUCCCUCUGGUGCUACCAUGCAAGUGUCACCUGUAGCUGUCCCUCUGCAAAAGGCCAUGUAGUGACUAUUAGGUUUUGAAUUAUGGAAAAUAAAAGUGUGUAUGAGUUGUUAAUUACAAAGUUGAUUUCCUUAUGUUGUCAUAUGGUGUCAGUCAUUUGUUUUGUUCAGCUUAUGCUUUAAGUAUAAUUUUGAUGUCAGAUAAUACCUUUUUUAAUCUAACCGAGAGGGAAUAAGGAAAAUAAGUUUAUACUUUAGAGGUAAUGUUCUCGCUGCUUUUGUUGUUUUGCUUUUCCCCUUGUUUUCCCCUUUCCCCUCUAAUUAUAUUUAAGUUACUCAUCUCAAGAUGGUUAGGGUAGGAAAUAUCACAACUUUAUUCUGAUGAUAAAGUUGUGGUCAUUUUUAUUACUAUUGUGGGUCCCAGGAGUAUGGUUACCUCAUGUAAUCCCGACCAGCUCCACUCAUCCUCUGAGCAGAGCUGGAAUUUGCCCGACUAGGUGAGAACACACAGGGUCUGCAGGGUCUUCGAACUUUACCAUUUAAGACUUCAAUUGGAAUUGUUUUCAGUUUACUAUAAAGGGCUUAAAGAUGGUUGUUAAUGAUUGUAUUUAAUAAAUAUUGUAAGGGACCAUA